CCAUAGAUUUGACCUCCUUUACAGCGUCUUUCUCUUUAAACUUUAUCGGUAUGUUUAGGUUCUGGCGUGGAAAGUAGCGUAGAAAUUAUAUUAUUAUCAAGUAAUGUGUGAAUUUGGUAAAAAAUAAUUGAUUUGGUUUUAACCCGUCUGUGUUACAUACUUCGUAGAUAUGCAUUUAUUAUUGUACCAAUGAAGUUAUAUAAAAAACCAUAAAGCUUCCUAAGUUAAAUUAAUAAAAUAUUUACGAUAAGAAUGGAUACCAUGGAAGAAAAAGCGGACUUAUUUGUGGAAAAACUUUUAACAGAAGGGGCACAAAUUGCAUGCGAUGACAGUGAAACUUCCUUUAAAAAGACGAAAGUUGACCAAGAUGACUUACCUCCUUUCUAUGAUGAAGGACUGUUUAAAAAAGGACAACAGUUUUAUCACAAAAAUAUAUUCGCGAUAUUUGGAGGCAAGAUAUACGGGCUAAUGUCGGUGUUGGCUAUUCCGACCAUAUUAAGAAUAUUAGUCCACACCAAGCAAUCUGGUACGGAAUAUACUGCUUACCGCAGAUAUGUGUCUACCAUUUUACAUAUGACAAUUUGGUAUGAUUCUGAAUUUAAACCUGGAUCAAAACUUUGGAAAUCAAUCUCACAGGUCAAAAGCCUCCACAACUCCGCAAGUAAUAGUGGAUGCCAAGCAGGUCUUAAUCGAAUAUCCCAAAGAGACAUGGCAUUAACGCAAUUUGGUUUCAUGGGGUACCAACUAGUUAGAAGCAAACAACUUGGAGUGUAUUAUGCAACAAAUGAGGAGUGGCAAGCUUUCAUACAUGUUUGGAGAGUUAUUGGAUAUUUAUUAGGAAUUGAAGACAGGUUCAAUAUUUGUAAAGGUUCUGUGGCGGAAACAAAAGCAAUAUGUGAAAAACUGAUCGAGCGAGCUUUUAUUCCAAAUAUUAACAAAAAGGAUCCAGAGUUUAUCGAAAUGUCCCAGUAUUUAUGUAGAGGUCUAUGGGCGAUACAGCCCUUCUUAAAUUUCGAUGUUCUAUGGUUUCUUUUAAAUUGUUUAUUGGUAAAUAAGAUGAAUAUGACUAAUGAUAAUGAGAAUUAUAAAAAGUUAACUUUUAAACAAAAGAUCCUGUUGUACGUAGUAUGUUUGACCAUAUCCAGUUUGAAAUUUGCACCCUUUAGAUGGUUCCAUAAUAAUGGAAAGUACAGAGAUUUGUGGCUAAUAAAAAACUUUCCAUUUUUAGCAUACUAUAAAUUCGGAUUCUCGAAUACGAAAGUUAAACAUUUGUAAUUCAAUUAAAAUAUUUGUAAUGUAAUAAAAAACUGUAGAAAGAUUAUGUGGAACAUGAUUAAAAAUAUAUUAGUUUA